ACAAAAGCACAAAAGUAGAUUACUUCGAAGUAAUCGAUCGUAGUGUCCGUAGAAAUUUAUCUUACCAAUUGAGAAAAUACUUUUAAAACUCGCCGCUAGGCAGCGCGCUGACUUUGAAAAAUUUUUGGCGGUUGGCUUUUGUUGUUAGUGUUUAUUUUUUUAUUUUGGUUAUGAUUUCGCUUUAUUUACAAUUUAUUUUUGUUUAUAAACGACUGAAAAUUUUUUUACCCGGAUUCUGUUUUAUAUAAUUUGAUUAUUUCUUAUUGCAAGCAAGUUUUUUAUCCGACUUUAUUAUGGUGCGUAGAAAAUCCAGCCCUACAAGAUCAAGACCAGCCUCGGGAUCAAAAGGUGGACAAAAAACUGCCAGAGGUAAUGUUGCUGGAAGAAACAAUCGAGCAAAACCUGGAGUAAUAGCACUUCAAGAAAUAAGAUUUUUACGAAAGACAACGAAAUUAAUAAUACCUAAACUCCCAUUUUCAAGGCUUGUUCGUGAAAUAAUGCAUGAACUUUUUCCAAGAUCAGAAAUUAUGAGAAUGCAAGUAUCAGCGCUUGAAGCGCUGCAAGAAGCUACAGAAAUGUACCUGGUGCAAUUUUUCGAAGACUCAAUUCUCUUGGCAUACCACAGCAAAAGAAUAACAUUAAUGCAGCGUGAUAUGGUACUGAUGCGAAGACUUCGAGGACGUGACGACGUUAUCAAUAGAUAACUCAAUAAUAAUCAACUGAUAUUCAUCAAGAAGUUGAUGCUGAAUUUUGUAUCAAAUUUAUAAUUUAUAAUCAAAACUAUACUUAAGAAUUAAUAUAUAAUUUAGUAGAUAUUUUCUUUU